AGCUCCAUCAUCUUGAACUCCCCGCAUUCAUCUCAGGAAUCCACGCCCGACUGUCGCAUUCUCCUGGUUUUGCGUGGGCACUGAUAUCGACAGCUUCUAAUACCUUGUCCCAGCCUUGCAGUGCCUAGCGCACCGAGCAGCCAGCCAUGUCAUCAUCAAAAGCCUCCAGAAUAGGAGAAGAGAUUUGGAAAACGAGAAUCGAUAAAGUCAACGCGGAGCUGGUCACGUUAACAUACGGCACGAUUGUUGCGCAACUAUGUCAGGACUAUGAUAGUGACUACCAGGAGGUCAACAAGCAAUUGGAUAAGAUGGGCUACAAUAUUGGCAUGCGGUUGAUUGAAGACUUCCUGGCCAAGUCCGGGGUGGGACGAUGCGCCAAUUUCCGUGAGACAGCGGAUAUGAUUGCGAAGGUGGGCUUCAAGAUCUUCUUGAAUGUUGCGCCGACGGUCACCAAUUGGACCAGUGACAACAACCAAUUCUCCCUCAUCUUCGACGACAAUCCCUUGGCAGACUUUGUGGAGUUGCCGGACGAUGGGCGAGCACAGGACGAGCUCUGGUUCUCGAAUAUCCUAUGCGGUGUGCUUCGAGGCGCACUAGAGAUGGUUCAAAUGCAGAUCGAAGCACAUUUUGUAAGCGAUGUGCUCCGAGGCGACGACACUACCGAGAUGCGGGUCUCACUGGUUCGAUACAUCGAGGAUGAGAUGCCGCCAGAGGAGGAGUAGAUGGAUAACGAGCAUCCCCGGCGUUUGUUCUUCUCAUGUUACGGCAGGCUUCUAUUGGUUAUCAUUUUCGCGAGAACUAUGACGUGUAUUUUUUUCUUGAUCAAAUUUUUGAAUUACCAGGACUUGAUUCCCAAUUUCUUUCCAUGGUGUUCUGGUUAAUUCAAAACGAAGAUCUUUUUGUUCUACUGCUUGGCUGGCUGGCUGCGUGGCUAGUUCGGUGGGAUACAAGAAUAGGCUUUCUGAUCUAUCGUCCUGUAGGAACCAGGAACUCUCUUCCCGCCACGCGAUUUAUCACUGGCA